CGUUGUUGGGGAAUACGCGGUGCCUAGUGGUAAUAACGUCGCUAUCAUCGAGGCGGCAGCGACUGGGCGUGGUAGAGAAAACCCUGCUGAUCGAAAAGGCGGAGCCUCGUGAAUCCUCCCUCCAGGGUUGUGCUCUCACCUCCUGCCUGCCUGCAGAUCGUGUUGAGCCCGAGACUCGACAAAGGUAUAAGGGGAGGGGUAGAACCGCGAUCCGUGUCGACGAAGCACGGGUCAGUCUGUCAGGCAACCGGUCUGUCGUUACUCGCUUUCAAACGUUCACGCUCCGGUUUUACCUUUGUCUUAUUCCCGCGAUUUAUUAUCAUCAUCAUAUACUAUUCCUCUUCCUUUCUUAUUCCUCUUCUCUCCUCUAUUGAUUCAAGUGUAUUUGAAUCUAGCGAUCGAAAAAAAGUGCACAGUGACAGGAUUACAUUGAUGACAAAUCAAUAAAUAGAAUGUCAGAUGUGGUGUGGACAUGAUUCGGAGUGGUGUUCAAUUAAGACCCAAAAAGAAUUCGGGAUUUAAGGGCGGGAUUUAAAUAGAAAAUUAUUUUCGAUUCACAAUCUGGGGAUAAAGAAGGAUUAUUUGGGAAUCUUUAAAGGUGAUGUUGCUGGAGUCGCGUGCCCUUGCCGGAAGGAAGAGAAACGGUCUUAUCCUGUCUACUUUUGGGGGUGGUGGCGGCGGUGGCGGUGGAGCCCAAAGUGAGGAGGACGAGGAGGACUCACGGGGCCUUCUCGGAGGUAAAAUGCAGGCCGAGGGCACCAUCGCCGCCACCACGGCUACUGUCACCAGCUCUGGUUUAUCAUCUGGUUGCACAAGGGACGAUGGUGACGAUAGUUCUAGUCAGUCACCGAAUGGAAGCCUUAUUAAUAAUAUUAAUAAUAAUUGCAAUUCAAAUCGACAAUGUGCGACGGACUUUAGUAUUGCCGCGAUUAUGGCGCGUGAUUCACGUCAUCAGCAACAGCAACAACAACAACAGCCAAUUCAUCAGAAUCAUCAUUCUCGGCAUAGUCAGCAAUUGGCCGUCGGCGGCGGGAAACUCCAUCAGCAUGAAAGGGAACCAAGCGUUUCUGGAGUUACGAGAGGAGCGUUGCCUUCAGAGUCGGGAGAUAUUGAAGACGAGCAAGAAACGGACGACACGGGAAGUACGAGUGGUAAAGCACCGUCGCCAUCGAAUCCACUUCUUCAGGAAAGAUCAAAUUGUGAUGAACUCAGACACGUGAUAUGUCAUCUCGAAACAAAGGAACUUUGGGAUAAAUUCAACGAACUCGGGACCGAAAUGAUAAUCACAAAGACCGGAAGGCGAAUGUUUCCAACGUGUCGCGUUUCGUUCAAUGGUCUGAGACCCGAGGGUCGAUACGCGGUUCUUAUGGAUAUUGUGCCAGUGGAUAACAAAAGAUAUAGGUAUGCUUAUCACAGAAGUUCAUGGUUGGUGGCUGGAAAGGCGGAUCCACCAGCACCGGCUCGUUUAUACGUUCAUCCCGAUUCUCCAUUCACUGGCGAGCAACUGCGAAAACAAGUGGUUUCUUUUGAAAAAGUCAAACUCACCAACAAUGAUAUGGAUCGACAUGGACAUUUGGUCCUGAAUUCGAUGCACAAAUAUCAGCCGCGAAUUCAUUUGGUGAAGAGGCCGGACACCGGAAAUGGCGAUCCGAUAGAGGAUCUCGAGCGUGAACCACAUAAGACUUUCGUAUUCCCGGAGGCCAUAUUCACCGCUGUCACCGCCUAUCAGAAUCAACUGGUAAGUUUUUCUUUUAUUUUUCUUUUCCUCUAUUUUUAUUUAUUUCUUUCUUCCCUCCCUCCUUUCUUUCUUUCUAUUUUUUUUUGCAGCUACCGUGAGUGCUUUGCCCAAUCUCUCAUUUUUAGUCCUUCCUGCGUGUUCAAAUCUUGUUCUCUAUUUCCUUUUUUGACCGACAUUAAGAACAGUUCUUCUGUAUUUCCUUUCGUUUCUUCAUUUCUAUCUUCUUCUCUUCCUUUUUUGCCUUUCUUUAAAAAACCAUUUGCCAACAAAUCCUACACGACAGUCCGAAGGUCCCUAGGAGCCCAAAUAAUUGAUUCGUCACGCUUUCGUGUUUUUUUUUUUUUUAAGUUCGCCGCUCGCGUCAAGUGGAAAAUUUUUCUUUUACAUCUUCUCCGGACACUUUCAAUUUUGUCACAACUUUGUUCCAGGGGUUCCGGGAAAUUUUCUCUUUCCAAAAAUUACUUUUCCAAUCAUUAA